AUGAAAUGUAAAUUGUAUGAACUUAUUCCUGGAGUCAACACAUCCCAACUCACUCCAAUUGCAACAUCUUCACGACGACACAAUCUGAAUACAGACUUUAUUAAUAGUGAAAUUACUCGGCUCUUAAAUGAUGAUGUUAUUCAAAUCAUUCAAAGCUCCUGGAGACCCCAAUGCUUUGUAACAAACCUGUCAAAAAAACCUCGUCUAGUAAUCAACUUCUCCAAAACCGUAAAUAUACAUACUCCUCUGGAUUCUUACCUCUGUCCUAGAAUAGAUGACCAACUAAAUAAAGUAGCUAUAAACAGUAUAUUCAGUAAAAUAGAUCUAAAAAAUGCUUACCACCAAAUUCCACUAAAAAAGAGAGAUUAUUCUUUGACUGCCUUCGAAGCUAAUGGAAAGCUAUCUGGACCAGAAAAUAUUGCAGCUGAUGCACUCUCUAGAUGUUUAGCCAUAAAUACCAAUCUUAGUACACUACGACAACUACAUAUCAAACUAUGCCACCCAGGAGUAACACGAUUGAACCACUACUGCAAGACACGGAAUUUACCCUACACUAUCGGUGAAAUAAGAGACAUAAUUUCUGACUGUCAGUUAUGCUGUAACGGUGUUAGCAAGACACGAACAACACCAUAUCGACCACAUGGAAAUGAGCAAUGUGAAAGACUAAACUCUACAAUCAUGAAAACAAUAAACUUAGCUUUACGAAGUUUUGAACUAGAAAAAAUUGACUGGGAACUGGUACUCCCUGCAGCUCUAUCCUCUAUUCGAUCCCUACUAUACAUUUCAAAAAAUUCUAGUCCACACAACAGCUUAAUGGGUUUCAAAUGCUCAACUAUUACUGGUGUUGAUCUACCUGACUUCCUAGUAGAAUCAGGUAGUACUGUUCUACAUAAAAAUCACCUUCGAUUGAAAGAAGAUCCAUUAGUAGAACCAGUCACUUUGCUUGAAACUGUAUCACCACACUAUGCACGCGCCUCUCUUGCAUCUAACAUUGUUCAGUCAACUAGAAAGUUUGAUGAAUACUUGGGAGAGAAACCCAGGACCAGCAUAUGUAAUGAAAAAAUAAAUAAACUUGAAUUUAACAAAGCGCUAUUUGAACUAAAGCGUAACAAAUCAUGUGGAUAUGAUGACAUUACCAGUAAUGUAGCUAUCUAUGUUAUGGAUAGUAUAAGGAAACCAUUAGUUUAUUUAAUAGCAUUUUCAUUUGAGAAUAGUAUAUUUCCUGAUAAAUUAAAAUCAGCCAAAAUUCACCCAAAAUACUGCUCUACUGAACAUGCUAUUAUUGAACUAGCUAAUAAAAUAUCUAUGUCUUUUGAUAAAGGUGAACUUGUAUUAGGAGUCUUCAUCGAUCUCUCUAAGGCAUUCGACACUGUGGAUCACGAACAAGAGAAAACUUUUACUUUAAUUGUAAGUGGCAACCUUAAAAUCAUAUCAGAUAAACUUAACGUGAUGGAGAAAGAAAUUUUAGAAAACAAAUCAAAAAUUAAAAAUACAGAAAAGGAUCUUAACGAUGUUAAAGAUAGUAUACAUUUCCAAGAAGAAAAAACUAUAGAAAAACUUAAAAAACUUAAAAAAUACUUCGAUAAUGAAAUCAACGUAUUGUACACAAGAACAACAGAUUUGGAAAAUCGAUCACGUCGAAAUAAUCUCAGAAUAGAUGGACAAGUAGAAAAACCAGGAGAAAGUUGGAGCGAGUGUGAAACUGCAGAUAAAAACAAAAUCCUUAAUGCUGUAAAAAAUCUUAAAGGAACUGGUGUGUAUAUUAACGAGGACUUUUCGCAAGAAACGAUUGAACAACGAAGGAAACUUUGGGAAGAGGUGAAACGAUUUCGAAAUGAAGUUUUACUUGGUGGUGAAAAAGUAUGCAAUACAAAGUUGUGUGGAAAGAACCCAACAAAUCUUAAACUACAUUUAGCAAGAAACCAUAAGUCUGUACACGUUGAGCUGGAAGAGUCGGAAUUAAAGAAAUUAAGUGAAAAAAAGCAAACAGGGAUAAAGAGAAAAGCAGUGGAUGAAAAUGGACCCACUCUUUUAGAAUCGUCCUCAAAUCAGAACCAGACCUUGAUUCAAUGCAUUAAUCGUAGGAAUACCGCAUGGCCUAUUAAUUCACACGAGCAUAAAAUUCGACUAAACUCUCUUAUUCAAAUGAUAAUUGCAACAUGUAAUCCAGUGACAUUGGUGGAUAAUGCGAGUUUUAGAAAGUUAGUUAAUACCUUGGAUUAUAAAUUUUCAUUGCCUGCUACUGCUAAAAUUACUAGCCUACUUAAUGAAGAAUUUACUGUUUUAACGAGAAAACUUCGUGACUUCAUAUCUGAAGGCAGGCGCUUCACAAUAUGCCUUGAUGGCUGGACUAAAAAAGGUCUUACUGCGUCCUUUUUAGGAAUUUCGGUUUGUUUUUUUCACUUCAAAUCCGAAAAACCAAUACAUGCUCUGCUUAAUUUGUAUCUUGUGAAACAUCCACAUACAGGUGAACAAAUUGCUAAUUGUUUUGAAAAAUACCUAAAAUAUUGGAAUAUUUCGAGAGAAAAAAUAUUGCUUGUUAUUUCGGACAAUGGAGCAAACAUGGUCAAAGGCAUAAAGUUGUCGAGAAUGAAAGCUCAAGCUGAACGUGAUAUACUUAUUGAAUUAGAAAGUGAGGUUAAUGAAGAGCAGAUAACAGAUCUGGAAGACGAUGAGAAUAUGACAAAUAGUGAAGAGUGGGAACAUGUUGACUUGAUAGUUGAUGUAAUAGAAAACGUAGCAUUUAGAAGAUUGGGAUGCAUUGCACAUGUUAUACAGCUAGUUGUAAAACUUGCAUAUGAUGGUAAAUAUCAUGGCUUACUUUUGAAGGUACGUGGAUUAGUGGGAAAAGUUCGCAAAUCUUCUGUUGCAUUGGAAAAAAUUAUCAACAAAUGUGGUAAGACUGUGAUCAGCGACUGUUCUACAAGAUGGAACAGCACUUACUUUAUGGUUCGGAGAUUUCUGGAAAUAAAGACAUCUACCAACGAAGUGCUUGGAGACCUUAACAUUGAUUCACUUGCCAAUAGCGAAUGGAUAAUGCUUCAGGAUUUUGUCAAUCUUUUAGAACCUUUUGCCAAUGAAACUGAUAUUCUUCAGACGGAUGCACUUUCACUAUCCAGUGUUAUACCUUCAAUACUUAAUUUAGAAUGUCACCUUGAGCAAUUUGGAGAUGCCAAAGAUGUAGCAGUUAAAAUGCUUGAAGAUCUACGCCGUCGUUUUGCCGUUCUUUUGCAGCCAAACGAUUCUAAUUUUAAUCCACUGCCAUGUGCCGCAUGUCUACUUGACCCCACAUGUGCAAUAGUUCUUUUAGGUAAUGAGCAUACACAAAUCAGAGAGUGUGCAAAGAAAUACAUUUUGUCAGAGGCUAAAAAAUCGGUGCAACAUGAUUUACCUUUAGCAAGUGCAUCUACUCUUUCUGUUGAGAUUGCUCCAGAAAUAAAUGAAUUAACAAAAUGGAAAUUUUUAGCGGCAAAACAGCGAGUAGAAAAAAUAAAGCUUAUUCCAGGUAAUGAAGCACAAAAUGAACUCAACAAAUAUUUUAUUGAAAUAAGGAACAGCUCUAUGGGCCAAAAUGCUUUAAAUUUCUGGAAGAUGAUAGGUGCUGUUUACCCACAUAUUGCACCAUUAGCUGAAGACCUCAUUGCAGCUCCUGCAACUCAAGCAUAUGUUGAAAGACUUUUUUCAAUCUGUGGCUUGCUCACAAAUGGACGGAGAAAUCGAAUGUCAGCGUCAUUGGAAAUGCGAGUUUUUAUAAAACUAAAUUCUCAUCUAGUCUAG